AGAUUUUUAAAUCUUAAGCUAAUUAGAAAUUUAUCAAGUAAAAAUAUAUUUCGCUUAAAAUAUACGCAAUAUUUCAAGAAUAAUGGCCGGAAAUAUAAAAGAAACAAAAUCUCCCGAAAGAAUUGAUGAGAAUGCUUGUGUUGUUUGUUUCAAGACUUGUUUGAUUUAUUCGAUUGGUGCAUGUAAUCACGCUGUUUGUUUCGAGUGUUCCGCUCGAAUGAGAUGUAUUUGCCUUCAAAAUGAAUGUCCAAUCUGUCGUCAAGAUUUGCCAAAAGUUGUUUUCACGAAAACAAUAGCCCCAUUUGCUACAUUAGAUCGCGAUUUACGUUCUGGACUUUACGAGAAAAAAUAUCGAAUAGCUUUUGCUGAUUUGGAUAUUCAGAAGGCAUUUUAUCGACUAUUAGAACAUCGUUGUCCUGAAUGUGACCACACACCAUUUAUUGAAUUUAACAAGCUUAAAGAGCAUGUUCGGAAAGUUCAUGAGCUAUUUUAUUGUGAAAUUUGUACGGACAAUUUGAAGAUUUUCUCAUCAACUCGACGAUGUUACACUCGACAACAGUUGGCAACUCAUCGAAGAGUCGGUGAUGUCGACGAUAAAAGUCAUAAAGGUCAUCCAAGAUGUGAAUAUUGUGAGUUAAGAUUCUUAGACAAAGAUGAGUUAUUCAGACAUUUAAGGAGGGAGCAUUAUUUUUGCCAUCUGUGCGAUGCUGAUGGGAUUAAUUUAUUUUAUGGAGCGAUCACCGAAAUGAGAGAUCAUUUUAAAUCAGAACAUUUCCUCUGCGAAGAAGAAGAUUGUGCUAAUGAACAGUUGACAGCUGUUUAUAGAAGUGAAAUUGAUUUGCGAGCUCAUGUUGCUAUGGUGCAUUCGAAAGGCAUGACAAAAGCAGCGGUCAAACAAGCAAGGACAUUGGAAUUGGAAUUCUUUUAUGGGUCUCGAGGUCGAAGUGGAGCUGGUCAUGAAAAUGGACGUCAUGGGAGAAUUCGAACAAAUGAUACUCAAAGAGAGUUUGAUGGAAUUCCCGAACAACAAACAAUCGUUCAACAAGCACCAAUUCAAAUUGAUGCAAAGAAUGAAGAACAAUUUCCUUCACUUGCUGGCCCUUCAAAGGCUUCAAGUUCGUUUCAACCGCUUGGAAAUACAACUCGUCAUAUGAAUUAUGGAACAGCAGGUUUAGCUCGAACCAAAGAAAACUUCCCAGCUCUUGGUAAUUCUUCUGUUAUUGAGAAUGAAAAAGUAACAAAAUCAAAGAUGCCAUCAGCUAGUAGUUUGCUCAAAGCAUCGUCAGGGAAACAGAAAAAUGCGUUUAAACUUCAAUCGACGUCUUCCAAUAAAUCAACACCAUCAAGUGCCACAGUUAAAAAUAAUUCUCAAGAUUUUCCAGCUUUAUCUAAACCUUUAACAAGUAUGAAAUCAAUGACAGGUCCAGCUGCAAGUAGUUUCUUUAAAGUUACAUCAAAACCAACUUCUCGACAGACAAAUUCUUCGUCAACAUUAUCAAGUGGAGUUAAAAACAUUACAGAAGAUUUUCCAUCGCUAUCAACGACUUCAAAGAAGAAUCGAAAUAAAAAAGAUCUUCUUGAGGAUAUGGUUUUACCUGAAUCGAGCUUAAAUAAGAAUUUAGUGUCAUCAAAACAUCGUAAUCUGGUCGAUGAUUAUGUUUCAAUGGCAUCAGCGAUAUCAAAAGUUCAAACUGUUCAGCAAAAAGACAUUAAAACAGAUUUAAAAGAAAUGAACACAAAAAUUGUACCGAAAUUAAAUUCUGUUGAUAAUUUCCCAACUUUAGGUGUUUCAACUGAUGCAGCAGUAACAGCACCACAAUGGAUUACUAUCAAAGGUAAUAACAAGCAAGAACAGAAUAAGAAAAAUAAGAAAGUUAAUGAGAUGCCUGCAGUUCAACAUGAAAAGACGAAAAAUGGUUAUGCAUCAAUGUCAUCAGUUGAAGAUAAGAAGAAGACAAGUAAACAAAAAAUAAAUCAAAACGAUAAAGAAAACAAUAAAAGUCAAGCAAUGGAAGUUUUGACUCCACCACCUCCAGGCUUUUCACAAGCGUCAAAACAUCCACCACCAGGAUUUAACCAAAAGAACUUAACAACGAGUGAGAUGUUGAGUGAUUACAUUUAUCUUCCACCAACCAACGCAAGUAAAAGAAAUCAAGCUCUAGUCAGUGAAUUUCAAAAAGCUUUAACACCGGAAUUAAUGCAAGAGUUUCGUUUAGUGUCGCAAAUGUUUCGUGAUGGAAAUUAUUUCCCUAAAAGUUAUUAUGAGUCUUGUGAGGUUGUAUUAGGAGAAAAAUUUAAUUCAAUAUUUCCUGAAUUGUUAGCGUUGUUACCAGACAUUGAAAAGCAACAGAGUCUCUUUCAAGUUCAUUUGGAGAAGUUCCGUCAAUCUGAUAAUUCCGAUAAGAAAUCGAAAAAGAAGAAUAAGAUGAAUGAGCUGGAAGCUUGUGCAACAUGUAAGCAAGUUCUGAUAUCAAACGACCUUCGGACACAUUUACAAUCACAUUCACUUGAAAACAACUUUCCACAACUUUAAAGAUUCAUCUUUAAGAACACGAAGACUUUUUUUAUUUUAUUUCACCUUUGAUUUGUUGUUCUUCUUUACUGUAAAUAAAAUUGCUUAGCAAAUAAAGAAGGUAUUGACAGAACGAAAUUAUUGCUAAUAAAAUUAAUAGAAAAUUCUUUACUUGCUACAUUCUAAUUUUC